CCGCCUCAGCCGCGCCACCGCGCAUGCGCACAGCUCCUUCAGGGCCCCUCCCCGGCUUCCGUAGCGAGCGGCUUGGAGCGCCAUGGACGUCCUGAGGCCCGCCCUGAUAAGGAUCGGCGGGCGAGUCUACAGGAAGAACCUGCUUCACGAGCAAGCCCACCAGCAGGAGGAGGAGGACGAGGACUUCUAUGCAGCAGGGCCUGGCGACUGUGCAGAUGAGCCGUGCGAUGCCUUCGUGGUGGAAGAGACCGAGAAAGGCUUCCAGUGCAGAGUGGAGGUGCCCAGCCCGUUAUACAAAUAUAUAAUCGGGAAGAAAGGAGAAACCAAGAAGAGACUGGAAACAGAGACUCGAACCUCGAUCAGCAUUCCCAAGCCUGGAGUCGAAGGGGAAAUCGUGAUUACGGGGCAGCAGCGCGGCGGCGUCAUCUCGGCCCGGACGCGCGUCGACGUUCUGCUGGACAGCUUCCGCAAGAAGCAGCCCUUCACGCACUUCCUCUCCUUCGCUCUCAACCAGCCCGCGGUCCAGGAGAAGUUCCUGCAGUUCAAGGAGGAAGUGCUGGAGAAAUGCUCCAAGGAUCACGGGGUGAGCAGCAGCCUGUUCCAGAACCCUGCCAAGCUUCACCUGACUCUGGGGACGCUGGUGCUGCUGAACGAACAGGAGAUCCGGAAGGCCCGCGACCUGCUGCAGCGCUGCAAGGAGGACUUUGUGGACCGGAUCACCGGAGGCAGACCCCUGGCUGUGGAGGUGGCCGGGGUGGAGUACAUGAACGAUGACCCUGCCAUGACGGACGUCCUCUACGCGAAGGUCCACAUGAAGGACGGCUCGGACAGGUUGCAGGCGAUCGCCGAUCAGCUGGUGGAGCGCUUUGUGGCCUCCGGCCUGAUGCUUAAAGAGUGGGAUAGGGUGAAACUGCACGCCACGGUCAUGAACACGCUCUUCAGGAAAGAUCCAGGUGCUGAAGAGCGCACCGCCGCCACGGCUGCUAAAUCAUCCUUCAAGGAACGGGAGUCCUUUAACGGCCGAAAUAUCCUCAAGCUCUUCGAGCACUUCUACUUCGGCGAGGUGCAGCUGGACGCGGUUCGGCUCUCCCAGAGGUUCUCCACGGACGCCUCCGGCUACUACGCGACGUCGGGGCAGCUGGACUUCUGCUGAACGGGAGCGCGGCCGCCGCCGCGGGCCCCCUCUGGGCACCACCACCGAUACGUUUUUAUAGGACGAGGAUUUUGGACAGCAACCCAGGAACUCCAGACGAGUUCGUUUUCCAAGAGAACAGCUGGAAACACUGGCUUUGGGGGGCACCACCCUGCUUUAGCGUGGCUGUGUUUCAGAGGAGGAAGCCUGUGCUUUACGUAAGCAUGCGCAAUGCAGGAGAGCUCCCCGGAGCGCGGGAUCGAGGUCAGGCGCCGCUUGGAUCUCCAGCAGCGUGCCUGCGUGAUGUUGAUCUCCAAAUAAAUUAAUCCCCUUCAAAAGCAAA